GCAGCAAUGGGCAGCCCAAGCUCAUCCCGAUGGAAUUCCGGCCCUUUGGAUACCCCGAGGCAGCAAUGGGCAGCCCAAGCUCAUCCCGAUGGAAUUCCGGCCCUUUGGAUAUCCCGAGGCAGCAAUGGGCAGCCCAAGCUCAUCCCGAUGGAAUUCUGGAUAUCCCGAGGCAGCAAUGGGCAGCCCAAGCUCAUCCCGAUGGAAUUCUGGAUAUCCCGAGGCAGCAAUGGGCAGCCCAAGCUCAUCCCGAUGGAAUUCUGGAUAUCCCGAGGCAGCAAUGGGCAGCCCAAGCUCAUCCCGAUGGAAUUCUGGAUAUCCCGAGGCAGCAAUGGGCAGCCCAAGCUCAUCCCGAUGGAAUUCCGGCCCUUUGGAUACCCCGAGGCAGCAAUGGGCAGCCCAAGCUCAUCCCGAUGGAAUUCUGUCCCUCGGAUAUCCCGAGGCAGCAAUGGGCAGCCCAAGCUCAUCCCGAUGGAAUUCUGGAUACCCCGAGGCAGCAAUGGGCAGCCCAAGCUCAUCCCGAUGGAAUUCUGGAUAUCCCGAGGCAGCAAUGGGCAGCCCAAGCUCAUCCCGAUGGAAUUCUGGAUAUCCCGAGGCAGCAAUGGGCAGCCCAAGCUCAUCCCGAUGGAAUUCUGGAUAUCCCGAGGCAGCGAUGGGCAGCCCAAGCUCAUCCCAAUGGAAUUCCGGCCCUUUGGAUACCCCGAGGCAGCGAUGGGCAGCCCAAGCUCAUCCCGAUGGAAUUCUGGAUACCCCGAGGCAGCAAUGGGCAGCCCAAGCUCAUCCCGAUGGAAUUCUGGAUACCCCGAGGCAGCAAUGGGCAGCCCAAGCUCAUCCCGAUGGAAUUCCGGCCCUUUGGAUAUCCCGAGGCUCCUUCCUGGGAAGCGCCACUGGAAUCCGGAGUUUUCCAUUCCAAGGGCCUGGAUUUUCCCCUUGGAGAUCCCCCCACCCCCUGUUCCUGCUUUGCCUUCCGUGGCACCCGGAUUCUCCGGAUUUUUCUGGGAUUUUCCCCUUAAAUUCCAUUGGCAGCGAGGUGUUGAUUAGGAUUUCAUAUUAACACAUUAAUUAGUGUUGUUUCAUCAGUUAUUAAUUUAGGAGUCGUUAGUCAAUAAUGAUAUUAAUUGAAUUCAUUAACCUCAACUCAUCGUUUUUAAUAAUUAUUAUAUUAACCUACUUUGAUGAACUUAAUUAUUUAAUGUUUCUAGUUUUAUAUUAACCUACUUUGAUUAAAUUAAUUAAUGUUCAUGGUUUUAUAUUAACCUACUUCGAUUAAUUUAAUUAUUUAAUGUUCAUAGCUUUAU